AGCUAACCUUCUCUUGUUUCUUUUCUACCUCAGGACUGCACAAACAAACACCCAAGAGAUAAAAGUCUAAUAUUGCAGUCCAAGAGAAAUAGAGAGAUACAACACCAUGGGUGUGAUCAAAGCAGUCAUAGGAGAUGCAAUUUUGACUUCCAUGUGGGUAUUUAGCAUGCCACUUCUGGGAAUUUUCGCCUCCGCCGUAGCAGCAUAUAUAGGUGUAGAAGCCAUGUCAGUAGCAGGUCUUUUCAUUACUAUAAAUGUAGCCACUUGUUUUGUGCUAACUUUCAGCUUGAUAGGAGCUGCCUUGGGUGGUGCCAGCUUCAAUCCCACCGCAACUAUAUCCUUUUAUGCUGCUGGGAUUAAACCUGAUGCGUCUCUCAUGUCCAUGGCCGUGCGAUUUCCUGCUCAGGCGGCUGGAGGGGUUGGUGGAGCCAAGGCAAUCUUACAAGCUAUGCCUAGCAAAUACAAGCAUCUGCUCAAGGGUCCUUCUUUGAAGGUGGAUUUGCAUACAGGAGCAGUUGCAGAAGGGACGUUGACUUUUGUUUUUUGCCUUGCUAUGCUUCUUGUUAUGGUUAAGGGUCCCAAGAACUUGUUAUUGAAGGUUUGGAUGGUGGCUGUGGUUACUGUGGGAUUGGUUGUUUCUGGUAGGCAAUAUACAGGGCCUUCCUUGAACCCUGCCAAUGCCUAUGGAUGGGCAUAUAUAAACAAUUGGCAUAACACCUGGGAGUUGUUUUAUGUUUAUUGGAUCUGCCCUUUUGCUGGAGCAACUUUGGCUGCUUGGGUUUUCCGUUACCUGUUCAAGGCCCCCAUCAAGGAUAAGCAAGCUUGAAUAGAAGAACAGUUAUAUGCUUUAGAGGUAUUUUAUCUCCUCUGUAUUUGCUUGUAUUCUUCUCUUUGAUUUGGAAACAAGAAAUUGGAUUAUUAAGCAAGUGAAAGAAAUUCAUGAAUCCCAAAUGAAAAAUGAAGCUAAUUAUCAA